GCAGCAGAGAUGGAGGCAGCACAUGGAGCAGAAGGAAAAACGGAAUCUGAGAAGGCAGACAUGGAAGACAGAGAAAAGGAGGACAAUGUCAAAGAAGAGGGGCAAGUGGAGCCCCUGUGGGCAGCAGGGACAAAGAAGAAGAAGCGGCGGCAUGGUCAGAAGGUGGAGAAGCCUGAAGCCUUCAUGGCCAAUUUCUUUAAAGGGAUGGAAGUCUAUCAGACCAAGUUGCUGCACUACCUGGCCAGGAAUUUCUACAACCUGCGGUUCCUUGCUCUGUUUGUAGCCUUUGCUAUCAACUUCAUCCUGCUCUUUUAUAAGGUCACUGAAGAGCCUUUAGAAGAAGAGACAGAGGAUGUUGCAAACCUGUGGAACUCCUUUAAUGACGAGGACGAGGACGAAGCGAUGGUGUUCUUUGUCCUUCAGGAGAGCACUGGGUAUAUGGCACCCACGCUGCGCGCCCUGGCUGUGGUCCACACCGUCAUCUCUCUGGUCUGCGUGGUGGGCUAUUACUGCCUGAAGUCUGGUGACUUCAGAUCAUAUGCAGGUCGGAAAUACAGAGAAAAGGCUCGUAUCAGUGCCUGA